GGCGUCACUUGAUAAGGAGAUGGGCCCACUUGACCUGUCGCAAGGUGCGAUCGCGGCGGGCUGGGGGAGGUGGAGAUGUCAAGGUGGACCAGGCCCAAACAAAGCGCGCUGUCAGGGUCUCGGCGGCCCAAGGCUUGAUUGCGCGCUCUGCGAAGGAUACUCCGUCACUGUUGGUCGGGCACUGACUCUCGGGUGCGGAGGCCUCGUUCCGGUGCUUUAUCGUGGGCAGACGGCGGUGACUCCGGGGCGCGGGCUUCGGGUCUUACUGAAGUCAAAGUGUAUUGACCAGAGAGGCCAUGUCUGAAGCGAUAUACAUAGAGGCAGGAUGAAUAUGACUGAGUUGGACUGUCGCGCGUGGCCUCUUACAAGAGAGAUCGAGAGCGACGACCAGCCAGCAGGAAAUAGGCUACGGGGGCGUAAAGCGUUGAGGGGGGGUCGUCAGGAUGACCAACCAGCCCAAAGCCUCGAGAGGCCAGCCGACUCGCAGGAUCGGCACCCAGGACCACCAAGGAAGCCGCCAGAUCUGCCAAGGUGACAAAGGAUCACUGAGCAGCACGAAUGAGAGGGUGCCCAGGUUUGUUGUGACACACCACCCAUCGACUCCUUGCAGAGGCGCUAGGCCACUCUCUGACGCGCCGGGCUCAGCGCGAGCGUCCUCGACCUGGCUGUACCAGAGGAC